ACCACUAAGUUCGCCGAAAUUCAAUAUAUUUAACACUGUUCAUUAUUACAUCUUAAACUUAAAAUAUAGUCAACAAACAUGUCUAAAGUAGCAAAUGUUAAUUCCAGUUUUGCGUACGAAAUCUUAAUGUACCUAAAUUCAUUUUAUUUAGGAAUGUUUUUCGUUUGCGAAGUGGCCAUGGGUAUUUUAAAAGCAAUAAAUGUUUCCUAUCCAGAAAAUGCUUUAUUGACUGAAGCUGGUAUAUUUUGUGCGUUAUGUUUGGUAGAAGUCAUGCGUAUAUUUCUUGGCAGGAGAGGAAACCUUGCUAGUAAAAAGAUACCUGUAUUUUUCUCAGUCGUCCUUACAAUACCAUCAGCUGUUGGAGUAUGCUAUUUUCUCAUUUAUCAAACAUAUAUUCUAAGGCUUGAAUAUAUUUGGUGCGCUGUAAUGUUGAUAUUUCAUGCAUUGGAGCUAUCUUUCGCUAUUCUCUUCAUUUUUACUGUAUGUAAAAAUCAUCAGUAUGAAUAGAAUAGGUUUAAAAGUACCUCCUUGCCAAAAAAAUAUUAAUUUUCAUCCU